AUGGUGCUGGCGGCGGGCGGCCACCUGGACCCAUUCGCGCCGCAGACGCCCUACGCCGCGUGGGAAGCUCUCUACAAGGUCGGUUUCAAGGGGAUGGGCCUCCCCGUCAUCUUGACCUCCUGCGGAGCUUUGGCGCUUUACCUGAUGCUUGACCAGGCCUGGCUGCUGCUCGUCGCCUGUUUUUACCUUCUCGGACUACUCGUUGCUUCCACCGUUGCCUUCUGGCUCUGCCUCCUUCGGACCUACGGCGGCGGCGGUGAACGACGGCGAGAGAACAGCAGCUCUGGUGAGUCAAUUAUUGACGGUCUAGCAUAUCUCUAUAGCCGGCUAUUGUAUGAGUACGCUGCUAGGUUCCUUGCAGAUGCAGAUGCAGGCAUGCAGCAGCUUGAUACUGAUAGCAGUAGUCUAGAAUAA